AUGGCAAACGAUCCAGUUUAUAUCGUUGCAGCUGCAAGAACGCCAAUUGGCUCCUUCCAGGGAAGUCUUUCCUCCCUUUCCUACGUGGAUUUAGGUGUCCAUGCAGUCAAAGCUGCUUUAGCUAAAGUUCCUGAGAUCAAACCUACAGAUGUUGAGGAGAUUUUCUUUGGUAAUGUUCUGCAGGCAAAUGUUGGACAAGCCCCUGCCAGACAGGUUGCAGUUGGAGCUGGUCUUGGCUACGAUACCCCUGCUACCACUAUUAACAAGGUGUGUGCAUCUGGUAUGAAGGCCACUAUUCUUGGUGCCCAGACGAUUUUGACUGGUUGUGCUGAUAUAGUUGUCACCGGUGGUGCGGAAUCGAUGUCUAACGCUCCUUAUUACGUUGCAAAAGCAAGAGCUGGCCUAAGAUUCGGCAAUGGUGUUCUUGUGGAUGGUUUGCAAAGAGAUGGUUUGAACGAUGCAUACAGUGGUGACGCUAUGGGUCUUGCAGCAGAGAAGUGUGCUGCGGAUCAUGAUAUUAGCAGAAAGGAGCAAGAUGACUUUGCUGUCAAGUCAUACAAGAAGGCUCAGAAAGCUUUUGCCGAUGGCAAAUUUGAUGAGGAGGUUGCGCCAAUUACUGUUAAGGGAAAGCGUCACAGACCAGAUGUUACUGUCACUCAGGAUGAGGAGGUUGGAAGACUAGAUGAGGCAAGACUUCGUUCUGCCAGAACUGUCUUCAAGAAGGAUGGUACUGUUACUGCACCAAAUGCUUCACCUAUUAAUGACGGUGGUGCAGCUUUGGUGUUGAUGUCUGCAAAGAAGGUCAAGGAGCUUGGAAUCAAACCAUUGGCCAAGAUUAUCUCGUGGGCUGAUGCCGCUCAUGCUCCUGUGGACUUCACUACAGCUCCCUCUUUGGCAGUUCCAAAGGCCGUUGAGCGUGCUGGUCUUACUUUGGACGAUAUUGAUUUCUUUGAGUUCAACGAGGCCUUCGCCGUUGUUGGUGUUGCCAAUCCUAAGAUCUUGAACAUUGACCAGUCCAAGGUCAAUGUUUAUGGUGGUGCAGUUGCAAUGGGUCACCCAUUGGGUUGCUCCGGUGCACGUGUUAUCGUCACUUUGAACACUAUUCUCCACCAAGAGAAUGGUAAGAUAGGUGCUGCUGGUAUUUGCAAUGGUGGUGGUGGUGCAUCUGCAAUUGUCAUUGAAAAGUGCUAA